GCGCAGGGCAUCCUGUGCACAUUCCCACCCCGGCCAUGUGAGUUCUGUCUCAAUAUUCUCAAGAAGAAACCACAUAUCAUUGAUCUGCUCCUUGACUGCGCGAGCCUUGAUCGACCGCCGUGGUGUCCUGAAAGCGAGGUCGGAAAGUAUGCGUGCGAAGUGCUGGAUCUGUUGUUUCGGUGGCCUAGUCACAUAGUUCCUGGUGUUUUGUCUUCUGAUUGGACGUCUGAGGGUCGCGAUCGAAAAUUAAUGCUCCAGAUGACGACCAUCCUCGUAUCUCGACCGCAUUGGGCAGACAGGUUAAUUGAGGUUUGGAUGCGGCUAGACGAAGAAGACGUAGAGAACGCGGAAAGGACGUUCUCUGGACCAAUGGUUAGAUACAGACGUCUCGAAAAACUGGAUCCAAAACAUCUCAAGCAGAUAUUAGAAAGUCGCGGUGUUAUACGCAUAGUUAUUCUGCGUUUAAUGGCUACUGUCACCUAUUUUGCCGAACCUUGCGGAGUGACUAACACUCACAUCGAAUCGUUCUUACACCUGGCCUAUGUAGGCAGCCACAAUCUCCGGGUUCGCCUUGAUGACUGCCACACGCGAGAAGAGACUAUGACUGCUCUUGAACAUGGCGUGGAGCUACUCCAGUUUUCCAGCGCUAUCUCCGGAAGUGCGUCUGGUCAAGACGUGCCAUACGCUGUUGCACCUGCAUUUACUAUGGCUCCAACUACGCUCGUUGGCCUUCUCGUCGUGCUUGCACAGCGCAAAACCCUAAAUGGCGUUCAAACACUCCGUAAAGCGCCAAGUGGGCUCUCACCAUCGACUUCACUCGACCAUAUUCAGCAGAUCACCCACCCAGACAUUAUCCGUAGGAUUAUCAAGAUUUCUCAUCAGCGCUUGCAUGCUCGGAUGAUAGCCGGCAACUACCGUGCCAAAGAGCCAUCAGACACGAAAGAUACCCUUACCGCUUGUGUCGUGUUUGUGAGCAUCGCAGAACUGGCGGCUGCUUUGGUUGCAUUGGAUAUGCACACAGAGGGGAGAUACGCGUCAGACAUCCGGCCCGCUAGGAAGGUGCUCGUUUUGUCAUUGGGUGGCGCAUCUCGGAUGGCUUUUGGCGUUGGUAACUACCUGCAAGCACUACACUUCGGUCGCGGUGCUGUAAAAGCAGCGGAAGGCAUUCCAGAUGAAGAAGGUCUGGAUUUGGGGGCUAUUCGUAGCAUCAAGCUGUUGAUUGACCAAGCCAAUGUUGAGAUCUACGAGUCUGCGUAGCACGUAGCACGUAGACUUCGACCCGUGAGC